AUGAGCAGCCGAUCAGCCCGGGGGAGGUCUAUUUUCACAUCCUGCGGUGCGACCCUGAUGAUGAGCGAGCCUUGGAUAUAUGGUGGGCUCAAAUACAAUCAGCACAUGAACGAGCCGAAUUGA